AUGCUGGAGAACGGCAAAAGACUUUUUCUCAGACUAAGCAGCCCUGCCACGGCGAGCUUAGCGUUCACCACAUGUCGUCGUCCAACCUAUAUGGAUCACGGAGCCAACUUCCGACAUUUUGCCAAGACGGUGGUGAAUCUUAGCAGUGGUUUACUCCUAACUAGGCUUCCGAUUCCGAGAAGUCGAAAUGUCGGAUGUGUUGAACUCCUUCUCAGCUUGGGAGACCCUGCCGGAGGACGAACCUCCGCUGUACAUCGCAAACAAAUGCGCACCGCUGCUAUUUUUCAAAAUCGCUCGCAAUGGUCAAAGAUGGACGUCAUCAAGUUAUUCAUGUGCUCUGUAAUAGUAUUGCAGUGCAUCGAUCUUUCAAACGGGAGAGCUUUGAAAUCGUUUACAUCACUCCCCGUUCUCUAUUAUUCCUACCGACUUCUGCUUCAAGGGGAGCGACUUUCGCUGGCGUUUUCAAGCAUUACGACACCGUUGAUACUGUACUGGUUAUUGGAAGCGGUAGCAACAUUCACCACACUUGACAUAGCCGACGUCAUUUUAUAUGUCGCAUUAAAAAUCUGCUUGUUCGAAGUGUUGCGAAUGAAAAUGCCUGAAUGUGAAAAUACCAUCUACAAGACGAAUGACACUAGCGUUGCUUUCUACCACGUUUACAAUGAUUCUAAUUCAACCGACGUAGCUAUGGAUGUAACACAGUCAGAGAAAAAACAGGACAUGACAUCGACAAUCUAUCACACUAUCCAUCCUCCUCUUGCUACACUAAAUUCGAUGACGAGUACUACUUCUGUGGACCUGAGUACGACGCCUUUGUCCUAUUCAUCUAAACGUAUUUCUAUCUCAAAGAGAUCACUGGAAUCAUCGUCCAACUGUUACACUACUCAAUCGCAUUCAAGAACGAACGGAUCACUUCGUUUCCGGAAGGAGAAAGAUUCUGGGGAUUGGAAAAGAAUGCAUUCAAGAGCCUCAUCCACUUUAGUCACCGGAGAAGCUCGCUGUGGGAAGUCUGGUCAGGCAUCUCCGCGAGCUCGGGGUGAAUCGGCAAAUUGCGGAGAUCUCAUCACAAACCCAAUGUUUACGCUGGAAUUCCAACGAUCAACUCAAAACAAAUGGAAAAUGGUUACAAUUUCAAAUGUAUCCGAAAAGAAAAUUAUGUGGAUGCUUCGAGUAAGAGUGAUAUUACUGUCGUACUAG